GGUUCUUCGAGUGCUGACAGAGACCGACAACAAAAGCGAGCCAGUCUACCAAUGAUAUUUAGCGUUAGAGACGUGCCUAGCAAACUUGACUCCGGAAUCCGGGGCCUGUAGGUAGAGUCAACGUGAUAUCCAAUCCUUCCAGGGUAUCAUUGCGGCUGUGGCUACCAGGCUGCGCCGAUGGGGAUCAUCGCAUUUGCGUGGAGAGUGCGUCACGGCGCCUCGGCCUGCACAACUGAGGAUUACGAUUGUCACCGUACACUGUGGAUAAUUCCCUGACCGUUGGCAUCCUCUAUCUUGUGGACUCUAGUUGCUGUCUAUAUGUAUCGUACAUCCUGCUGAUGCUCAGAGCAAGAAAGGAGUCGGAGGAAUAAGGUAUCGUCACCACAGUACGCAUCCUUUUGCCCGUCAUACCUUUCAACGAACUUCUGAAUGCCCAAGCCAAAACAUCCCACCAUGUCGAGCCCUAAUGUCCACGACAAGAAGACUAUGCGCGCCGUCGUCUACGAGGGCAAGCCCUUCGAAAUCAAGGUCCGCGACGAUUGGCCCAAGCCCACCAUCCAGAUGCCAGAGGAUGCCAUUGUCCGCAUUACCACCGCUGCCCUGUGCGGCUCUGAAGCACACAUAUACCGCGGCUUCUUCGGCAGCCAUAACCCGCCCUGGGUCAUGGGCCACGAGGCCGUGGGCAUCGUGGUCGAGGUCGGCAGCGCCACGGAGCAGUUCAAGGUCGGCGACAGGGUUCUCAUUCCCUUCGGCACUGACGCUGGCCACUACGUGGUCGACUCGACCUUGACGCCCGACAUACCCAUGUACGGUGCCGGGGGGGAUUUCCGACCAGACAACGGUGGUUGUCAGGCCGAAUAUGUCCGCGUCUCUUACGCCGACGACUCCCUCGUCGCCAUCCCAGACACCGUCUCCUCGGACAUCGACUGGCUGUUCCUAAGCGACAUCUUCCCUACCGCCUGGGCCGGCCUUGACUUUUCCGGGUUCGAGCCCGGCGACGCUGUCGCCGUCUUCGGCUGCGGGCCGGUCGGGCUCAUGUGCGUCUACGCGGCUGCGCUGCGCGGCGCCUCGCAGGUCUUCGCCGUCGAUUCGGUCCGCGCGCGGCUCGACAAGGCCGCUUCGCUGGGCGCCAUCCCCAUCGACUUUACCUCAGAAGACGGUCCCGCGAGCGCACAGAUCCUGCGGCGGCGGCCCGAGGGCGUCAAGCGCGCAGUCGACUGCGUCGGCUUCGAGGCCGUCAACCACCGCCUCAAGCCCCAGCAAAACUACGUCAUCAACGAGUGCAUCCGCGUCGCCUCGGUGGGCGGCGGUAUCGGCCAGGUAGGCGUGUACAUGGCCUCGCCGACGAGCAAGGGCGUGCCGCGCGGCGGCGAGGUCGAUCCCGUCUACGAGAUCAACCUGUCUGAAGCGUGGCCCAAGAGCCUCAGCAUCAAGAUGGGGGUGUGUCCCAUCUACGAGCUGCUGCCGCGGCUCUUUGAGCUGGUCAAGACGGGCCGGGCGCGGCUUGGCUGGCUUGUCUCUGCGACCAUGGGGAUUGAGGACGCGCCCAAGGCUUAUGAGCGGUUUGAGAAGAAGCUCGAGAUCAAGGUCGUGUUUCGGUUCCCGUGGGCGCACGGAGUCGACGGGGAUGUGGCGGCGGCGGUUAAAGCGGAUGAGGAGCACGCCGUAACUGAUGGGAAGAACGGACAUCGGGGUGAGAUUCCUAUCCCGAAGAAGAAACUUCCGAUACACUCGCACCCUAGGAACAGACGGCCAUUUGUGGGCUAGAGGAGUAGAAGGACUCCGGUAACUACGGCGAGUUCCAUCAUAUUUAUAUAGAGGCUUUCUUUGCAUUCUGGUUGUGAUCUAGAAGGUCCAUGCAAUAUCGGCGAACCACUGGUUUGGACGUUGAUUUCAGGUUUCGCGUUUGAUGAUGACCGUGACU